CAUCAUGUCGAUUGCAACAACCCAUGUAAUUUCAAAAUCAGGACAACCUCAUUCCAACUCAACAUCUCACCAUGACUUUAGCGGAGCUGAACAAGGCGGCCGAAUCAGCGAAUCUGACCGAGGCACGGCGUCAUUUUCAGCAGCUGCUGGCGGAUCCUAAAACCUCUUCCAAAACGGUGGUUUGGAAUACCCUCCUGAAGGCCCAUGCCAAUGCUGGAGACCUUGUGGGAGCAGAGCGAUGCUUUCGAGAGAUGGAGCAAAAAGGUGUGCGCACCAAUGAGAAGACCUAUGGGAAGUUGGUGGAGGCCGCUGCCAAGGCUGCUGAGCCGGACCGAGCCGAAACAUGGCUCCAGUGCCUGGGGAGCGACAGCCCUGUGCCGUACAACACUAUGAUCGACGCUUGCGCCAAGGCCAAUGACACCCAGCGCGCGGUGAAAUGGCUGCAGCAGAUGAAAGAACUUCAGCUGAGGCCUUCGGGCAUCGCCUACCAUGCCUUGAUCAAUGCCUUUGCACAGGCCGGCGACCUCCGCGGCGCCUUGGUUUGGCUGCGCGAGGCGUCCGAGCUCGGUGCCGAGGGUGGCGAGGCCACGUUUCUGGCGCUGCUGAUGGGCUGCGCGAGAAGCGCGCGCCCAGAUCUGGCCAAAGAGUGGAUCCAGGAGAUGAAAGCACAGGGCCUGACUCCGAGCAUCAAGUGCUACAGUGCUGCCCUUGGCUCGGCUCGCUCGGCUCAACAAGCGGCCCAGUGGCUUCGCGAAAUGCGGGAGAGCCAUACCGAGCUCGACACCGAAGGCUACACUGUGCUGAUCCAUGGCUGUGCUGAGCGCGGAGAGUUGCAAGAGGCAGAGAAAUGGAUGCAGGAAGCACUUACGUCCAAGAAAUCCGAUCUGCAGUGCUUCGCGACCAUGGUGAACGCCUAUGCCAGGGCUACUGCUGUGGAGGGAGCGGAUCGAUGGCUUUCGGUCAUGGAGAAGGAGCACCUCAGACCCAAUGAGGUUAUCUACGGUAGUCUGAUCUCAUCCAGCCGCGAUGCUCAACUCGCCGAAAGGCUGCUUCAGAGGAUGAGGGACUCCAAGCUCGUGCCUAAUGUCGUCAACUACACAGCUGUCUUGACUGCUUAUGGCCGUCGGGGCGACUUCCACAAGGCCACUGAGCUCUUAGAGGAGAUGCGGCAGGCUGAAGUGGUGCCAAACAUCAUCUCUUGGAAUGCUUUGCUGGAUAGCUUCGUGAAGGGGGACGGCAAUGCAACGCGCUGCCUGAACGAGAUGGUCCAAACGAAGAUGGAGCCGAAUGUCGUGUCCUUCACCAGCAUGAUCGACUACCACAGCCGACGGGCAGACCCAGAGGCCGCCGAGCUCUGGUUGCUGCGGAUGCGCUCCUUGCACCUGCGACCGUCGGCUGUGACCUUCACAGCAGUGCUGAAAGGCUAUGCCAAAACUGGGCAAGUUGAUGAGGCUGCGAAAGUCUUGCGGAGGAUGGCCCUCAGUCAGCUCCCACUGGAUGUAGUGGCCUGGACCGGGCUGCUGUCCGCCUGUGCUGCGGCCAAGCGCUGGGACGUGGCCUUGUGUGCCCUGCGCUGGAUGCGGCAGCUACAAGUUUCGCCCAACCAGAUCACACAUCAAGCACUGAAACGUAUGGGCCUCAGAUGAGGACAGUGAUCGAUGGCAUUUUUGUGGACCUGUGUGGUCCUGCUGAAAUGUCGUGAAAAUAGCAGCCUCAGCAGCACAGAAAAA